UUUUGCUGUAAACGGGCUUCCCCAAAUCUUUGCUCAUGGUCCCGCGCCAGGAGCUCGGCAUUGUGGCCCGGUCUACUAUCUGCUCCUUCUUGGAAACGGCGUCAGAGAACAGCUGAGAGUGGCUUAACAUUUCAAACGUCUGGCGGUAGGCUGAAAAGUUUCCACCCUGAAAACACUGACAUGUAGCAGCAGCAGCAGCAGCAGCAGCGGGCUGAUGCAGGACACCUCACAUGGGUUGGUGCUUGGAAUUAGUUUUGCGUAAAAGUUGUGCGCAAAGCCUCUCCAAACCAGAGAACCCAUGGGUCACUCUUCAUGCGUCGAUGUAGUUUUUCUUUUUUUUUUCUCAUGGAAGCUGAUUUAUUUCAGUUAGGAUCAUGUGUUGAACUCCUGCCUGUUGUACUGAAGCUGCUGCGGCGUUACAGUUGUUCUGUUUCUGUUUACACGCGUGCGUAAAACAGCUUGGGACUCUCCUGAUAUUUUAAUUGCUAAUAAGUCUAUUUUUCCCUAUGUAUUUGUGUAAAUAGAUACAUCUAUAGCCACGUUAAAUGGGUUGCUACAUUUGUUCAAAAUCCUUUUUUAUUAUUUGUAUAUGCCCAAUUUAAGCGGCAACAUUGCGCACGAAGGAUUAAAAGUGGAAUUCUUCUGAUAUUAGUCAUAGAUGUCCGCACAGCUGGAAGGAGGCCUGCAGCCGGAGACGACAGCAAAACUUGAUGUAUUAAAAUCUGAAGAAGUUUUUGACGUGACAAGUCCUGACGGAUGCGUGGGUCAGCGCGGCCGCCCCGAGGACGGAGGGGAGAACGAAGCGGUCCCGUCUCCAGAGGGACCGCAGCAGAAAGCGCGCAAGAUGACUCGGAGCCCCAAAUGCGCCCGCUGUCGAAACCACGGCGUCGUUUCGUGUUUGAAGGGCCACAAACGCUUCUGCCGCUGGAGGGACUGCCGCUGCGCCUGCUGUCUGCUGGUGGUGGAGCGGCAGCGCGUCAUGGCAGCGCAGGUCGCGCUCCGGCGGCAGCAGGCUGCCGAGGUGAGGAGAGCGCAGGGGCAGGGUAAGAGGGGAGUCAGAUGUGCAGCUCCGUUGCGGAGGACGGCCUAUCAGUGUUACACCAGAGCAGCCGAGCCGAGCAUCGUGGCUAAAAGCAUCCUGCAGGGGUUGAAAUCUGCUGCGCCUCCAGAGGACGACGCCUCCUAUUGGUCGAAGCAGGCGCAGCACGACCAGCCGCCCUUCACUUGCCCCUCCAUCAGCGCCCGGAUGAGGAAGAGACGAGCCUUCGCAGACAAGGAGCUGGAGAACGUGAUGAUGGAGCGCGAGCUGAGACAGAGGGAGCUGCACCCUGACCUGCCCUUCUCCUCCUCCUCCUCCUCCUCCUCCUCCUCCUCCGCCCUCGUCCCCCUGCUUCACCCUCCACCCCUGCCCAUCUCCCCUGGCCUCCACUGCUGCCCUCCCAGCAAGGACCUUAAUGCCGCUGCAGGGGCUUUAAGCUACGUGCCUGUAUAUAAAUAUAAGCCUCUUUAUGAGUGUGACUUCCAGUUUUACCAGUUCUUCCACCUAAAGAGCAGGUCCUCCACAGGAAGCAGCUACGACGACUUUUUGCUCUGCCGAAGCUCAGAGGAGAGCAGCGAGGAGACAGAGGUGCAGAGUGGAUGGAAAGAUCAUGGGAAGAAAAACCAAGCAGAGCUAAUACCUCUACUAUCACAGCAAAGACUUAAGAAUGAUGGCAGCACCGCAUCAAGUGUUGAACUUGUCAAAUCCACUUCAAAAACAACAGAAAGAAUGGACUCAAAUGGCUCUUCAGCGGUCACACUGUCUAUUUCUGGAUCCGAUCAGCGUCCCCUGGGUGGACCAGACAUCAGUGCAGCCAGCAGGACUUUAGAUCCCAGAUCUUUGACAGCUAAGGGCUGGACUGCAGACGCUCCCGUCCCACAGGCAGGUCCUCACGACGACUCUGUCAAGAGCCCUCACGGCAGCUCAGUCAGGACUCCCACUGUGAGGCCACUACCUUUCUCUGUGGAGGCUCUGCUGAGGGCCUGACAGCCAAAUGGAAUGUGGGAUCUUGCACUUUGUUAUAUAUGGACUAAGAAUUUAAUCUGAGGCUAUAAAUAUAAAAAAAUGCUGUUUUGUAUAGCAGGUUUUCAAAUACUUUUCUUUAACGCGGCAAAAAUAUGAAAAAAAAAAUCAGGUUUCAGAAAUUAAAUUACAGUGUUUUUUAUUUUCAUGAAAAUGUAUUUUCCUAUAUUUGAUC